UCUGCCCGCCGCGCACACACCGCAUUCUGCACUGUGUCACCAGGAGAGGGGCGACACACGCUGUCAAGAGGAACCGGUCACCUUCCCGACUGUUCAAGCCACAUCCAUCUGCGGGCAAUGAAACAGACUGACUGAAGAAGGAAUAGGCGAGAACCAAACGCGAAAAUGACGGUGGACUUUGAAGAAUGUAUAAAAGAUUCACCCCGAUUCAGGGCUGGCAUCGAUGAAGUGGAGACGGAUGUGGUGGAGAUCGAGGCAAAGCUCGACAAGCUGGUGAAACUAUGCAGUGGGAUGAUCGAGGCUGGCAGGGCUUACGCCAGUGCCAACAAGCUCUUUGUUAAUGGCAUCAAGGAUCUGUCCCAGCAGUGCAAGAAAGAGGAGAUGAUCUCGGAAUGCCUUGAAAAGUGUGGAGAAAGCCUCCAGGAGAUCGUCAACUACCACAUGAUUUUGUUCGACCAGGCUCAGAGGUCGAUCAAGCAGCAGCUCCAUACCUUCAUCAAAGAGGAUGUGCGUAAGUUCAAGGAGACGAAGAAGCAGUUUGACCGCGUGCGGGAGGACAUGGAGCUGGCUCAGGUGAAAAACGCCCAGGCACCCAGGAACAAGGUGCACGAGGCCGAGGAGGCCACACAGGCCCUCAUCCUCAGCCGCAAGGCCUUCAGACACCUGGCACUGGACUAUGUGCUGCAGAUUAAUGUGCUUCAGGCCAAGAAGAAGUUUGAAAUCCUUGAUGCACUGCUGUCCUUCAUGCAAGCCCAGCACACCCUGUUCCAACAAGGCUACAACAUCUUGGAUGAGAUUGACCCCUACAUGAAAAAACUGGCUGCCCAGCUGGAUCAGCUGGUAAUCGACUCGGCCAUGGAGAAGAGGGACAUGGAGCACAAACAUGCCCUCAUCCAGCAGAGGACUCUGAUGCAGGACUUCUCCUAUGAUGACACCAAGGUGGAGUUCAAUGUGGAUGCACCUAAUGGUGUGGUAAUGGAGGGCUACCUCUUCAAGAGGGCCAGCAAUGCAUUCAAGACUUGGAACAGGCGGUGGUUUUCAAUACAAAACAGCCAACUGGUCUACCAAAAGAAACUCAAGGACUCUCUGACGGUGGUGGUGGAGGACCUGAGACUCUGCUCUGUUAAACCCUGUGAGGACAAUGAGAGGAGGUUCUGCUUUGAGGUGGUUUCACCCACCAAGAGCUGUAUGCUGCAGGCUGAGUCGGAGAAGCUGCGUCAGGCCUGGAUCCAGGCAGUCCAGGCAAGCAUAGCCUCUGCAUACAGAGAGAUCUCCGACAAUUAUUACAUAGAGCGUUUGGACCGGACGGCCUCGCCCUCCACCAGCAGCAUCGACUCUGCCAGUGAGCCCAGGGAGAAAGGGGAGAGGGGAGUACGGGGAGGGGGGGAAAGCCUCCUCCAGAGGGUCCAGGGCCUGCCAGGUAACGAAGUGUGCUGCGACUGUGGCCAGGCGGCUCCCUGCUGGGCUUCCAUCAACCUGGGCGUGCUGCUCUGCAUCGAGUGCUCAGGGAUCCACAGGAGUUUAGGCGUUCACUGCUCUAAAGUGCGCUCUCUGACGUUAGACUCAUGGGAGCCGGAACUACUCAAGUUGAUGUGUGAGCUUGGAAACACAGUGAUCAACCAGAUUUAUGAGGGAGCCUGUGAGGAGCUGGGAAUGAAAAAACCUGGACCCUCCAGUUCAAGGCAGGAGAAAGAAGCCUGGAUCAAGUCCAAAUAUGUGGAAAAGCGCUUUCUGAAGAAGUUGAGUGGGAGUGAGGCAUUAGUUGAGGGUGAGAGGAAGUCCCGCCCCUGGGCAGUGAAGAAGUGUCAGCGACACAACAGCUCCAUCCGGGCACCCAACAAGGCCCGCAGGAAAUAUCACCGUUACGAGCCCGGCAGCACCUCAGCUGCAAACCUAUCAGCAGCAGCAGUGGCGGCGGCAGCAAAGUUUCGCCGGGAUUCGCUGUUCUGUCCAGAUGAGCUGGACUCACUGUUUUCCUACUUCGACACGGGCUCUGGUCCCCGCAGUCUCAGCAGUGACAGCGGCCUGGGAGGAAGUACCGAUGGCAGCACCGAUAUCCUGGUCUUUGGCUCUGUGGUGGACAGUGUCACAGAAGAAGAAGAAGAGUCAGAGGAGUCGUCCAGUGGUGAGGUGGAGAUUGAACACGAGGUGCCGUCAGACCCCGAGGACCCAAGGGAGCUCCAUCCUGGGGCGCUCCUCCACCGCUCGUCCCGUCUCCACAACUUGCCGCUCAUGGCCGAGGCAUUGGCUCAUGGUGCUGAUGUACACGCUGCGAGUGAAGAGGAGGAGGGCAAAACGCCACUCAUCCAGGCCGUGAUUGGGGGCUCUCUGAUAGCAUGCGAGUUCCUGCUGCAGAAUGGAGCAGAUGUGAACCAGCGGGACAUGAGAGGGAGAGGCCCGCUCCACCACGCCACUUACCUGGGUCACACCGGGCAGGUGUGUUUGUUCCUGAAGAGAGGAGCAUCACAGACGGAGGUUGACGAGCAGGGUCACGAUCCCCUCAGUAUCGCUGUGCAAGCUGCCAACGCCGACAUUGUCACCCUAUUGCGUCUGGCGCGGAUGAACGAGGAGAUGCGAGAGGCGGAGGCUCCCCUGGGCCAGCCAGGUCAAUACCCAAGCAGCAGCCCCACUGAACAGCAGUAUAGGAAGUGCAUCCAGGAAUUCAUCUGCCUCACCAUAGACGAAUGCUAGGGGUCCCUGCUGUAGCAGAGAGCAUAGCUUGCGUGCCCUAUCAUGUUUUCCUCCUCACUGGGAUUCUGUGGUAGAGUAGACAGAGUUGCCCCUAGGCACUGAUCUCAAGUCUGUUUCACCUAAUUUACGUAUUGAGCGUUACUCUGAUCUGGGCUUAGGGGCAACUUGUCAAGAGCAGGCUGCCUGAGAGAGGAGUGUACCACUUGCUCUUUGUGGGGGUGCGCCUCGUCGUAGGGAGACCCAUUAUGGACUGUUCUGACUCUACUGACAAUACAGCCACCGCUUCCAUUUUUGCUUCAUCACUACCACGUUUCUGCUUUGCCAUCACUCGGUGUCACCUAUGCUAUGCGGGCUACAUCACAUGCACAGUAAAACAACAUGUUUUCCAGCUUAUAAAUAUUCUAAUAAGUUUCACUACGCUAACAGUUCUCUAACUUACAGUAAUGAGGUGUAACCCUUUGGGGAGGGUGUGGGUUUGCUGUUGGGUUGCCAUUGCUAGCAGCUCUUACCUGUGAAGAGUCUCACUGCAUUUACCCUCUACCUGUUUAAAUCUACCAAGACUAUCCAUAUGACAUUCUUUGUACCCAUCUCAUCCCAGUCAGAGGUGUAGAUACACUGUGGAGUUAUAUGGGUAAUUUUUUGAACUGUGUGCUGUGGCAUGAGGUGAAAAAAAAUGGUAUUUGAUCCAUUGUUAAAAGAGGUGCUCACGAAUAACCGAGAAGCUAUGAUAGAGAUAGGCAGUGUAGUUUACUGUGUAUAGAGAGGAGUAAGGGGAGGGAGAUUUGGUGUAAAACUGUGACAAAAAAUGCUGAAGGGCUUUUGGGGAAGAGACCCAUGCCUGCGUUGUAAGAUACUUUGACUAUGUGAGUGGGUGAGCGAGCGAGUGAGUGAAAGAAUGAGAAUAAAUGAGUGCAUGUGUCAAAGAAUACUGAGAGACAGAGUUCAAAUAUUAUGAUAUUAUGAUACUUUAUGUAAAGAAAAAAAAAAAGAAAAACUGUGCACUUUUCCCAUCUACAGUAUUAUAAUUUCAUUUUUCCUUUAUAUCAGUCAGUGUUGCUUUUUUAUGUUGUGUCUUGUCCACUCAAAUUACUGUCUAUAUCAGCUGUGUUUUUAUCAUUUUUUGUCUUAUUUAUGUUUAUCUCCCCUGGAGGACUUGUGCAAUUCAUUCUUGGAGACAGUUCUCACUCCGUGUUUGUGUUACUGAUUUUCUUUUCAAUGUCAAAGCAUUGCUUAGCACUACAAACACUAAGUCUUUAGAUUGCAUCAUGUAUUACGGACCAAGACGAUUUUGCUUUCCUCUGUCCCUUUGUAGUGUCUUUCUGCAGCUAUGACUACGAUAUUAGGCAUUGAAACGCUCCAUCUUGAAUGAGAUGUCGGUGGUUUAUCUGUAGGGAUUGCAGUGGCAGUGAACUUUAUUCAUUGCAGUAAUUCGGUGUGUACGGAUGGUGAUAGCAGCUUUGCUAAGUUAAUGUGGACAGAACUAGGUCUUUGGACAGCGCAGUUAGGGACUGUAUGAAAAGUGGAUUUACGUCUUUCCCCAAUCGGCUUCUCACUCCCAUGCGCUUCUGUUCGCUCCCUUCACAGAUCUGAGGUGAUACAACCAUAUCUCCAACUUGUUGUACAUACCCAUCCAUGUGAAAUAUCUCAUGAGACUAUUCAGCACAUCAGAAAAAACAUUUUUAUAAUGGAUUUUACACAUCAGUGGGGUCAAAGAACUGAUAUAUCUGGCUUCUCUUGCUGGCCAAUGCUUAUAUUGUGCAUGCUUUGCCAGAAUUAUUUUUGAGAAUGUCAACAUUACCUGCACUCUGAGCAUGAUACAAUAUUUUUGUAUGGUUUUAUCAUGUGCAGUCCUGUGGAAAAAAAAAAUAUUGAUAAUAAGCAUGAGCCAACAUGUCACCCCUGGUGUCAGAAAUUUCUCCCUGUUUUUGUUUUUUAAUAUUUUUGCACCUUUCUGCCAACCUUCCGUCCACAGACGGUGGUUUUCAGUGUCA